UGACUUUUUUGUGAUUGGUGCAGCUUUUAUAAUGGCCAUUGCAGAAGAAAUUAAGGAUGAUGAUGAUGACAGUCGUCUUGCACUGGAUGUAUUGCUAGUGUUAAGAGUACUGCGGCUUGUCAAAAUCAUUGGAAGUAUUGACCGUUUUAAAGUCAUUGUACACACUAUCAGCAAGAUUGGUCCAUCUCUUUUGACAUAUGGAGGAGUGCUUUUGGUUUUUUACUAUAUAUUUGCCAUGAUUGGGAUGGAAUCAUUCCAAGGUCUGGUAAAAUAUACUGGAUAUGAAAGUGGGUCUGAGCUCUUCUGCAGCAAUGAAAAACUAGAAAAGACAGACUUUUGGCGUGACCACUACUGCAAUAACAACUUCAAUGAUGUAGUCCAUGCAUUCAUUGUACUCUUUGAGCUCACUGUUGUCAACCAGUGGCAUGUUAUUGCUUAUGGUUAUGCUGCUGUGACAAACUCAUGGGCACGCUUGUUCUUCAUGCUGUUUCAUCUUAUUUGUGUUAUCAUUGUGCUAAACAUCUUCACUGCAUUUGUUCUGGAAGCUUUUAUGCUGGAAUAUUCUGCAACCUAUGGGGGCAAGUUAGAAUCACAGCUUGAGAAGAAGAUUCAUGAAAUGGGUCUUAGCCUAAGAAAGAAAAAGAAGAAAACGACAACUAGCCAAGAGGAACUCGUGAUUGAGUCAGACAGUUCUGAUGGAGAGGAUGAAGUAGAUUUGCCCCAGAGUGUAGGACCAGAAAGUUAUGCAGAUGUCACCCAGGAAGGAUCGUCUAAUUUUUAUGGAACUCCACAGAACAUCUCAGGGGAAACAGAUGUCAGAUUCCACAUAUCCAAAAAACUAAAGAAUGUCGAGGUUCUCCUGCAGAAGAUGUUUGAAAAGGAAUUAGAGGAAGAUGAGUUGGGACCAGAUAUUUCAAACCUGGAAGAGGAUAUAGAUGACCAUUUACAUUCCUUUCCAACACAAGGGCACAGUUCUUGGCACACAUGAUAUUUCUUGUCUUUAUCUUAAGGUUGAAACCUUGAAAUUCCUUCUCCAGUAAAAUGAACAGUUUAAAGUUCUAUAUUUAUAUUAUUUAUUACUAAUUUGAUAGUUCUGCUCUAGUUUCUCAUAUCUGUUUAAUUUUGUGAUGUUGAUUUAUGUGAUAUUGUCUUUGAUAAGAAAUAUGUGAAUAAAUUGUUGAUAAAAUCUUGAUGCAUACUUUCUGUUUGUGAUUUGGUGACAUUUUGAUAAUUUUGUUGUAUUUGAGUAUCAUUUUGGUAGAUAAUAUUGAUUAGAAAUCAGUGACUUGACUGUUACACUAAAAUAAGCUGCUAAUUAUAUAAUAAUGUUAUCAACUUGUAUUAAUUUUAAGUGUUAUGCUAAUCUUUAUGUUGACAGUUUGAUUAGUAUGUAUUAACUUUUUGCUGAUAUGUUUAUAUGUGGUAUACUUUAUAGCCAUUAAAGAUAUAUUACCAAAGAACUAGGAACAUAAAGAUUUAUAAACCAAAGAUUGCAAAAUCAGAUAAUAACCAAUGAUGUUGAAAUGAUAUGUUCAAAAUAGGAAAUGUGCUCUGUGUUAUUGCUAAACUUCUAGAUAAGACAUUAUUAAAAGUAUAUGCCAGGUUAUGAAAAAGUUUUGUUUUAACACUUAUCACCACGCUCUUACCAAAGUAUAAAAACCUUUGUCAGUAUUUAUUUUGGUCCUUUCAAAUAACUUGAAUUAUGGUGUGAUAGCAGUUCAGAUUUCACAUUGUAAUAUAUAUUGAAAUUAGAGAAAUCCAGAAAAUACAAUAUUUUCUUUCA